AUGCAUCAUGCUAUGUUUGAGGCAUCGGAAUAUGCUAGUCAUGCCAAUGUUUAUCGUGUACAUGGACUGAUGACGGCUUUGGUAUUCCUCAAAGCUGCCUCACUAUUCUUUCAUGGUGUAAACUUUUUCUUCAUCAGCAAGUACGGGCAACAAAGUGAAAUAUGGGCAGUUGUCUACUAUAUCACUCACUUGUUAAAAGGAGCCCUACUUUUUGGCACGAUCAUUCUUAUUGGGACGGGUUACACAUUUUUCAAAAACUUUCUUACUGAACGUGAUCGAAAAGUCUUCAUGGUGGUGCUACCUUUACAGAUUGUUGAUAAUAUUGCCAUGGUUAUCUUGGAAGAGAGCGAAUUUGGCCAACAAGGAUAUCAGCUUUGGUUUGAAAUGUUUGUAUUUAUUGACAUGAUCUGCUGCUUCCUCAUUAUUUUCCCCAUCAUAUGGUCUAUGCACCAUUUGUCUGAGGGUGCGCGAAGUGAUGGAAAAGCUGCCUUCAAUCUCGAGAAACUCCGACUCUUUCGUCAUUUUUAUAUGAUAGUAAUCUCCUACGUGUAUCUGACGAGAGUCAUCAAAUUAUUAUUACAGUAUGCCCUUCCUUUUGAUCAAGAAUGGAUAACCGAUGCAAUUGUUGAGUGUUCAACGCUCGUAUUUUUCAUCCUUGUUGGAAUCCUAUUUCGACCACAGCCAGCGAACCCUUACCUCAAACUCAGUCAGGACGUUGAUGAAGAUGAGGAUAUAUCACUUACACAAAAUGGACUUUUGGAAGGAGUUGUCAACAGGGGGCCAUCGAAUGCUCUCAUUGCUCCAGAUAAUAAUGCAAUUGACUCGGACUGCCCGACGUUAACCGUGGAAGACAAUACUUCGUCACAGUUUGGACGCCGACGUGUGGAUGGACGCCCCGAUAUUUCGGUCAUACACUUAACGAUCUCUCUUCACCCUCAGCUGAUUGAUGCAGGAUAUUGCGCUCAACGAGGUUCUUCAUUUCAGACUACUGAUGGAGAGCGUAGUAGCAUACGGUCGUCAGAAGAAGGUGCUAGCGAAUCUCCAGGAGGAGAUGACCGUGAAAGGCUUCGUCUUUUACAAAAAAUUGAUUUAGCGAGAGAACGCUUAAAGAUUACGAGUCUGGAGAGGGAACGCGACGUUGAAGAGUUCUUAAUGAUGACGCAUGGAUCCGAGUGCCAGAAAGGGGCUGAUAACCCUCAGAUGGCACGCCUUAAGCAACACUUUGAGAAGAAAAAUAAAAGACACACUAGUGAAUUGGAACAUCUUCAAAGGAAGUUAGCGAAUUAUGAACAACGUUUGGCGGAAAUUGAGAAUGGAAUAGGUGAAUCAGGGAGUCGUGCCACCGUAAUUUCCACAGUUGGGCAGGGUAUCAGAAGAACAGGUGCGAACUUGAAAGGAAUGACAGAAACUGUAAUUUCUGCUCCAUUGGAAUUAGCACAACGCAUAAAAAGCACAUUUGGAUCAGCCGAUAACGUAAAUGAAUCUGGGGAAGGAGCUAGUUCGGAUUUACGUAUAGGUCACUCCAAGUUCUAUGCAAGCUCUGACUAUGGAAGUCCAAAUCAAGCCACCACUAGCAGGUAUAAUUCGAGGAAGUCAGAUUCUCUUCCUGCUCAUGCAUCUUUAAUAAAAAUUGCAACCCCUGCUAAAUCUCGUGUCCUAGAUGGUGAUACGUCAGCCACUGCUGACGAUUCUGAGUUAGCAAAGGGGGAAGGUCCGGAACAGGCCAAUGACUCAUUGGUUUUGUCGCCUUUCGCACUUUCAGCAGAAUCAUCGGAAAUGUCUCCCCAACUUCUUGAGGAUCUUAGAGGCCUUCGCUAUCUUAUGACCAAAAUGGGCGAUCAAAUUAAUCGGAUCGAGAGAUUGGAAACCACAAUGAACGAAACAAUUGAACUGCACCAAGCCGAGUUUCAGGCUUUGAAACAGGAACAGAAGGGUAUUGCAAAUCGACUUGAUUAUCAGUAUAACGACCGUUUCAAACGUGUAGAAGAAAGCGUAGAGUCUGUACAAAAUCACAUGGUUCGUAUGGAAAAUUCCAUAAAAGACACUCUGGAUUUACGUUUGUCUGGGCCUGCAUGGGGAAAUGCCGUAUUUUUGUCCAGCGCAAACAUUGUGGUAGAAUUCCUAAAAAUAGUGUUAUAUCUUGUGGCAACGAUGCUCGACCUAUUCUUGCCGUAUUUUGGAUCGAGGUUAGUUUUAUACAUGUUUGGGACAGAAUUUCGGGUCUAGAC